AUGGCGGCUUCUUUGAAGGCUCCUUCUCCUCCUCCUCUGUCUCCUCCGACACAGGUUCGUUUUUUGUCGUCGUCAUCGUGUUGUUCUUGUCGUCGUUCUUUCCCGUCGUCGUCGUCGAGAAGUAAUAUCUUCUUUGGUCGAACUUUAACGGGGAAAACGAAUGGAGAACGAGGACGAAGAGCGAAGAGUCGAGGUGGUGAUGAUGAGUUGAACGCGCUGGAUAUGCUUUUGCGAGGACGAGGAGAGGAAGCGACUAUGUCUACUUCUUCGUCUGACGAGAACGAGGACGAGCAAAGCGCAGAGAAGAAGAAACCGAUGACGACGAAACCGGUGGUGGUGGUUAGGGAUAUUACGGUCAAUUUGGACGAAGAGACGGCGAUAAACGUGUCCGUCCGAGUGGACUCGGCAUCCUCUCGAGUCGUGCAUUACUCUCAAUAUCCUCCGCUCGGAGUGAUUGUAGAACCGACUCGAGACGGGGUGAAAAUAACCGAAGUGACGGACGCGUCGUCGCCGUUUCGAGCGAACGACAUAAUCAGAGCAGUUUCAGGGAUGAUACCGACGAUGAAGUAUGGGCAAGGGAACUUACUACUAGGCGGUAAUGGCAGACCUGGGUUUAAAAGAGUCAUGUGUACCGUGCGCUCGGCGUUGGAGAUUCGCGAAGAAGAAGAAGAAGAGGAAGACGAAGAAAGGCUGUUACGGUUGAUAGAUGUGGAAUUCGAGACGUGUUUGAAAGCUAUACAGAGUAACAGUAAAGCCGGUGACUACGAGGUUGUUUUAGUCGUCGAGAGACGCAAAGCGGCAGCGGAAUGA